CCCAUAGAGCCCUAAAAGGAUAUCUAGCCCCUCCACCCCUAAUCAACCUCUCUCGACCCUCUUUCCCCCGCCUCCCCUCCCUCCACUAUUUUUUAUUAUUCGUUCCCCGUCCUCUCUUCUGCCCAGUCCUGCCUUGUUGUUGUUGUUUUAUUCCUAGGUCAACACACCUAACAAAAGCCCUUGACGAUUAAACCACACGACACCGGCCUCUUCCUGUUCUUGGCGCCCACGUCUUCUUCUUUCUGCAAUCCCUUAGGCGGUCACAGAGAUCACAGGUGAUCCUCCGUCGUAUACCAUACUACCACAGACGACUAGGUCGACACGGCACCGUACAAUACACCACACACCGCCGAGAAACAGCUCAACAAUGGCCGACUCCCUUACUGAGGAACAGGUCUCCGAGUUCAAGGAGGCCUUCUCUCUCUUUGACAAGGAUGGCGAUGGACAAAUCACGACGAAGGAGCUAGGCACAGUCAUGCGCUCCCUGGGCCAGAACCCCUCCGAGUCCGAGUUGCAGGACAUGAUCAACGAAGUCGACGCCGAUAACAAUGGGACCAUUGAUUUCCCUGAGUUCUUAACCAUGAUGGCGCGUAAGAUGAAGGAUACCGACUCGGAAGAGGAGAUCCGAGAGGCUUUCAAGGUCUUCGAUCGUGAUAACAAUGGAUUCAUCUCUGCUGCCGAGCUUCGCCACGUCAUGACUUCCAUCGGAGAGAAGCUCACCGACGACGAAGUAGAUGAGAUGAUCCGCGAGGCUGACCAGGAUGGUGACGGGCGUAUUGAUUACAAUGAGUUCGUCCAACUGAUGAUGCAGAAAUAGAGAGAUAUGAUGAAGGAGUAGUUGGACCCUCGCUGACCUUUCGAGUGCCGUACCCAUUCCCGUCUUAUGUCGCGAUGAGCUUUUACUUUCUAUCUCUCUCUCUCUCUCUCUCUCU